CCCCUCCCGCCGCUCCGCACCGCUCCCGCCGAGGGCUGCCCGGUGGCGGCGGUGAUGCUGAAGGCUGCCAUGUGGCCGGCGGGGAGCCCCGGCGCGGUGUCGGCCAGCGAGGUGCUGCUGGUGGCCGCCACGUUCUGCCUGGUGUUCCUGGUGCUGCAGCGGCUGCGGCAGGCCGUGCCCGAGGGGCUGCGGAGGCCGCCGGGCCCGCGGGGCUAUCCCGUGCUGGGCAACGUGCUGGAGCUGCGCAAGGACACGCACCUGGCGCUGACGCGGCUGAGCCGGCGCUACGGGGACGUGAUGGAGGUGCGCAUCGGCACCCGGCCCGUGCUGGUGCUCAGCGGGCUGGACACCAUCCGGCAAGCCCUGGUCAAGCAAGGAGAGGACUUCAUGGGGCGCCCCGACCUCUACAGCUUCCACUACAUCUCCAACGGGCAGAGCCUGGCGUUCAGCCCCGACUCCGGGGAGGUGUGGAAGGCGCGCAGGAAGCUGGCCCAGAGCGCCCUGAAGAGCUUCUCCAUCGCCCCCAGCCCCACGCUGUCCUCCAGCUGCCUGCUGGAGGAGCACGUCUCCAAGGAGGCCGAGUACCUGGUCACCAAGUUCCUGCAGCUGAUGGAGGAGGAGAAGAGGUUCGACCUUAACCAGUACCUGGUGGUGUCGGUGGCCAACGUCAUCUGUGCCAUGUGCUUCGGCAAGCGCUACGAGCACGAGGACCGGGAGCUGCUCAGCCUGGUGAACCUGGGCAACGAAUUUGGGGAGGUGGCCGGGAGCGGCCACCCCGCCGACUUCAUCCCCGUGCUGCGCUACCUCCCCAGCCGCACCAUGGAGCUCUUCAAGGACAUCAACCGGCGCUUCAAUGCCUUCGUGCAGAAAAUUGUGCAGGAGCAUUACAGCAGCUUUGACAAGGAGCACAUCCGGGACAUCACGGACUCGCUGAUCGGGCACUGCCAGGAGAAGAGCGUCGGGGAGGACGCCCAUGUCCAGCUCUCCAAUGAGAAGAUCAUCCACAUCGUCAACGACCUCUUUGGGGCAGGCUUUGACACGGUGGCAACUGCCCUGUCCUGGAGCCUCAUGUACGUUGCCUUGUACCCCGACGUCCAGAGGAAGAUCCAGGAAGAGCUGGACCGGACCAUCGGGCGGGAGAGGCGGCCGCGGCUGUCGGACCGGGGCUCGCUGCCCUACACGGAAGCCUUUAUCCUGGAGAUGUUCAGGCAUUCCUCCUUCCUGCCCUUCACCAUCCCACACAGCACAACAAAAGCCACGGUGCUGAACGGCUUCUACAUCCCCAAGGACACCUGCGUGUUCAUCAACCAGUGGCAAGUGAACCACGAUGAGACCCUUUGGAAGGAGCCCUCAGCCUUCAAGCCCGAGCGGUUCCUGAGCCCGGCGGGGACGGAGCUGAGCCGGACGGAGAGCGAGAAGGUGCUGUCUUUCGGGCUGGGCAAGCGGCGCUGCAUCGGCGAGACCAUCGGCCGCUGGGAGAUCUUCCUCUUCCUCACCACGCUGCUGCAGCAGCUGCGGUUCAGCCUGCGGCCCGGGGAGCACGUGGACAUCACCCCCCAGUACGGGCUGACCAUGAAGUACAAGAAGUGCGAGGCCUUCCAGAUCCAGCAGCGUUUCCCCGUCGGGGGCUCGCUGUGAGCUGCCGCCGCAGGGCAUCGGACGCUCGGCCCCUCGCCGUGCUGCUCCUCUGGAGGGUGGUUCCUCUCCUGGGGGUGGCAGCUGGGCUUUGUGGGGCUCUUCCCAGCCCCUGGAGCCAGCUCCAUCAGCCCUUCCCACAUGGAUGUUCCUCAGAGGUCUCUUGGAGAGGCCCAGCCCGUGGUGGGGAGGGGGAUGCUGGAGGGUGGUGGGAUGUUCUCCACCCGCCACAGACAGCUCCCUCCAUCCAAAUACAAAUAAACCUGCAGGUUCCUCUCGGAGCAUCCUGCCCACGGGGUGAAAUCCUCAUUUCCAGCUCCUUGUGCCACUGGGAUUGGGGUCUUCACAAAGGUUCUGGAGCCUUCAGCAGCGCCCACCUCGAGGGGACCCAUCCUGGGUGCACCCACACACCCGAAUUCCUUGAAUGUGAACUCAUGGAGUGAAUUCCUGGGUGUUCCUACUGAUUAAAAAAAAAUCCACCAGCAGAGCUGCUCACAAAUUGAGAUUUUAGAUCAAUCCUACCAUGGAGCCUCCUGGAAAAUCUCAAAGGACUGGGGAAAAGGGACAGGGAACUGUAGGACACUCCUGGCUUCAGACUAACUCUGCAUUUGCUGCCUUUUUUAAUAUCAGAGGGUUUUUUUUUUUUCUUUAUCAAGCAAUAGAUUUUUGUAUCCAGUUAAGGAGCAAGGCUUUCAGGAUUGCAGGAGGUGCCUUUUGCUGUGCUCAGCUUUAACCAGCGGGAAGGUGAAGCCUCAUGGCAGAUGGAGCAGCAAUUCCUGCCUGUUUGUGCCUGUUUGGAAUGCAGCCGUGCGCUGGGAUGGAAACCACACCAUAUUUCUAACUCAAUAAAU